AGAUAUAAUUAAAUAGAUAUGUGUUUUUGAAAUCCGGGUUGCAAUCCAACUAAUUCAACGCCGUACAAGCCAAUCCAAGUCGUUUGAUUGUGUGAGAUCAUGGAGAAUGUGCGAGUCCGAGCGAACUAUGAGCGAACUGUCGUGAUUGUGCGCGUGAACACAACGUGUGGCUUCAUUACUUAGAAGGUUUUCGGUGAGUUUGCAGUGCGAUAUUUGCGUGGAUCCGCACUGAGGGAGUAUGCCUCGUAGAAAGGAAUACCUAAACCCAGGCAGCGCCUCCGCCAUCCCGUAUUCAACGAAAACAUAUCUCGAAAGAUCAGCCUCGAGCGUGCAACAAUCACGUCGUGGACUGCAGCAGGACACAAAUGUCGCUGGCGGGUCGACUGCUCCGACAGCACUUCGCGUACUGACGCAACCUCCGCAGACUGAUGUUGAAGGCGACUGUGACUCUGAAUCGGCACAUGAAGCGGCCCCAAGUGACGAGCCGCAGCCUUCCGUUGGCGCAGAAAUGACAGACGAGCCACAGGGAGAUUUAGGGAGCUUCUCUAGUGACGAUUUGCUGGCACUGACUGUCAAUUUUGUCCUCGAAUUUGGCAUCCCUUGGAAGGGAGUCGAAGCACUCCAAAAGUUGAUAAUGCACAUACUUGAACGACAUGAUAUACCAGUUACUAAAUAUCUUUUCAAGAAGAGUGUCGGGGCAGAAAUAAAAGCCGCCCGGUUACACUUCUACUGUGAAAACUGUAUGACGCUCCUUGCCGUAACAAGUGGCGACCUUGCAGCGCGGAAUGCAGUGCGGGUAACGUGCACCGUAUGCGGGCAACGUAACAGUGGGCCGCAGAUGCUACGCGAUGGCCACUUUUUCAUAACCCUGCCCAUCGCAAAGUUGCUGUCUUCGUUACUUGCCGAGAAUGAUGCGAGCACUGCACUCCACGAAAGACUGAAUUCAAUAAACGAGAGUAUGUCUGUCGACAAAGAUGAAAUGACAGACAUAAUAGAUGGCACCUUAUACAGGGCACUUAGGCGCGAAUUGACAUCAAAAAAUGAUAUCACUCUCACUGUUAACAGUGAUGGAAGCGCCGUGUUCAAGUCAUCGAAGUUUUCUGUGUGGCCCGUUCAAGUGAUGGUGAAUGAACUCCCAGUGUACAUGAGGCAGAAAAAUGUGCUUGUGUCUGCUCUGUGGUAUGGCCAGAAACAUCCCGACAUGACUCUCCUACUGAACGCAUUUGUUGAACAAAUGGACGGUUUGUCGACCAGUGGGAUCACAUGGAAGGCAGGCAACGAAACUGUGCAUUCCAAGGUGUACUGCUUCAGCUGCAGCGCUGAUGCACCAGCACGGGCAGCCAUGCAGCACCUAACCCAGUUUAAUGGGUAUUAUGGCUGUGGAUGGUGCUUGCAUCCAGGGGCAGCUGUGAAUGGAACUGUCAAGUAUCCUGUGGACACUGUUUCACCUGACAGGACAGCAGAAGGCACAAAGGAAAUCAUGGCCAAGGCUGCUGAAGCUGGAAGACCAGUACAGGGAGCAAAAGGCAUCACGCCUUUGAUUAAUCUUCAGCACUUUAAUAUAAUCUGGGGCUUUACUCCAGAUUAUAUGCAUUGUGUGCUUCUAGGUGUGGCACGGCAGAUGACGGAGGACUGGCUCUCUAAUGUAGGCGAGGAAUAUUACAUUGGGGCACCACAAACUGUGGCAGUAUUAGAUCAACGUUUGUGCUCUAUAAAGCCGCAUAGCUGUAUGCCACGACUUCCCCGCUCAGUUUCUCUGAGAAAGUAUUGGAAAGCCUCGGAGUGGCAGCAAUGGCUACUGUAUUUUUCAUUGCCUUGUCUGGAAGGCCUACUUCCACGGCAGUAUCUUAAACAUUUUGCAUUGCUUGUGAAAGGUAUUGCCCUUCUUCUGCAGGACACAGUGUCCCUCAGUGACAUUUCUGUAAGCACAGACUGCUUGGUAAAGUUUGUUGUCGACAUGCAGUUUCUCUAUGGAGAAAAAAACAUGACUUUCAAUGUACAUCAAUUGUUGCACAUGGCUCAGAGUGUUCUGAACCAAGGACCUCUUUGGGCACAUUCAUGUUUUGCUUUUGAGUCUAACAUUGGCCAAAUUAAGCAGCUGGUCACAUCAGCAAAAGGUGCCCCACUGCAGAUUGUAGAGCGCUUAAUGAUGGCCAGCAACUUCAGGUAUCUAAAGGCUUCAGCUAGCCCUUGCACUCUGAAGUUUUUGACAAAAGCUGGCCCAUCAAAUAGUAAAGGUGGUUUACUGCUCAGCAAACCCCGAGCUGUGUCUGACCAGCUGCUUCACCUUGUGCAGGACCAUGUUGGCAACAUCGUUAGGGGCCGUGUCAUGGAACAUGACCGAGUGAUUGUAUCACCGGGUGUUCGGUUUCACAGUGAGCAGUACUCAAGGCCGAACAAAAGUGACAGCACUGUAUUGCAAAUAUAUUUGGGAACGUGCUUGAAGUUGAAGCACAUUGUUUCUAUUAGGGAUUCGUCAGGAAAUGUAAGGAUUUUUGCACUGUCAAACAAAUUCUUGUCACGUCGUGCAUUUGGCACUGAGCACAUAAUGAAAUCAGAGGAUGCGAAUUCCCAACAGCUAGUGGAGCUGUCUGCCAGUGUUGUCCCUUGCAACUAUGUAGAGGUCAAUAGAAAGUGUUUUUUUCAGAGAAUUUCUUUGAAAAUGCUCUCUGGUGGUUGUUAAAGGGACGCUUAAGAGCAACAUUGAAUUAGUUUCAUCAUUCUAUAAAAAGGUCUCAUCAUAUAAAAAUCGCACCAAUACCUUCUUAUACCUACUUUUUGUACUUUUUGUCAGAAACACUUCACAUCUGUAAAAUUAGUUUUUUUUGUUCCUUGUGUGUUGUGGCUUUAUUAAUAAUUCACUGCUGUCAGUGCGCAUGUGCAUGUGCACAUUAGGUGGACAUUUUAGGCAUUCAAGCAUCAGUUGCAGUUCAGUCCUUGCGUUAGCGUCAAUUUAUGUGUGCGUGUUUGCGUCCCUAUGUGCAAUGCUUCAUAAAACAUCAUGGCUCACCAACUUGCCCAUCAGUUCAUAGUAAUAUAAAUUUUACUCGGAGAAUUUUAAUAUCGAUGAUUUCACCAUAACAGGUUUCUUAAUAGAAGAGAAAAUCAAGUUCAAAGUAUCAUUUUAAAAUUUCGAGUGGAAAUCUCCACGUAUGAAUCUCCACGGAAAUCUCCACAAAUGACGUCACGGAUUUCGAAGUCUAUUUAUCGUGUUUUGGUGUCGUUGUUCAACGAAAUUUUCUCAGGCUUGGUAUGUUAAAUCUAUUGGCCCCUUAGAGCUUGAGGCACUUCACUUUUACUGUUUAGGAACUAUGUAGGCCUUAGUAGGCGGAGUCAAAAUAAGUGACGUCACGGCAAAUGGUGCGGGAAUUUCAUGGUGGUGUCGCCACGACAUUUUCUUUUGUGCAUUUUUUCACAUAUCGAGCUUCUCGCUGCAAACAACGUUUCUUUGGUAUCCAGGGGUGCAACAGCUGCGCCAACUGUGCCAAUUUGAUACAAUUCCCAAUUGUUGCGCUGAGCUGCGCCAGAACCAUUAAAUUUGCUGGAAUUGCACCACCCUGCGCCAAAAUGCCCAGCCAGCCUCAAAAUUUUCACAGGUGCGCUAAUUUCGGUGAGAAAUGCUAGCCACGUCGGCCACCUACAGUUUGCGCCAUCAGUCAAAGCGUGCGAACUUUAACCAGCCCUACGCUCGCGAGACGCCAUUGACCAGAUAAAGUAACAAUGCUUCGUGCCAAUCGGUCCGCUGAGUGCAGCGGAUACCGAUCGGCGGGAUGACAAAACUUCCAAGACAAAAAUGCAUUGCUGUAGCCCCCAACGCUUCGCGGGAUAUGUAAAUUUCCUAGCCUGAAAAUGCUGCUAUAGCUUAUUAGCACCUAAAGCUGGAAGCGUGUGCCCCGUUUUUCUCGCGCGAACAAGCUCGACGUGCGGCGAACGCCGGCGUUGCCAGCGACCACGUUGAUUGCAGUAGCACAUAAAACUUUUUUUUGUGUGUGUCUUGAAGUUGCGUCAUCCCGGCCACUGUCCUGGUGAUAUACACUCAGUACCGUCACUGGGCCAAUGGGUGCACGCCGUUGUUACUUUACCACUCAAACGUGCCUUGCAAGGGAGCUGAAGUGGUAUAUAACCCUACGGUGAAAGAAAAGAAAGUGGGAAGUUUAUGGAAGGGGGGUGGGGGUGAAGUGGUAAGAAAAUUUUUUGGCUUGGAAUUCUCACUCGUGCACAGAAUGCUGCUUAAGCCACCUUUGUCGCACUACACCAGUUGCCUACUGAAAAGCCUAUUGAGAUUUUGAAGGGGCCGUCAGCGCUAGUGAUGGGACACUGCAUAUUUUGUUCAGUUAUGUGUUUGCCGCAUAAAUAUGAGUACCAGUAUAAUAACUCGUGCAUAAAUAAGCUAUUGGCAAUCGUUUGGAGUAAUGUAUGACAUUUCUGCUUCCCUAAAAAAAAGUAAAUUGUGGGUCAGUUUUUUUUUUCCCCACCCCUACCUCUUGGUUUACAAAUCUUCCAAAUUUUGAGGUCGUGAGCUUAGCAGAUCUAUAUUUAAAUUCUCAGAGUCUCUUGAAUGAUUUGACAGGUGCAGCAAAUGUUAAUAUAAACUUAAUCAUUGUUUGCUCGUGGGGUGGUUCAAAUACCACUUUCAUUGAAAUAGCAGUGCUCAUGUUCACACUGCACGAUUUAGGUGAUGUCAAAUGCUUUAUAUAUACAUUUUUUUUCUAAAUGUCUGUCUUGUUUAUACUGCUCCAAAUUUGGUAUUUCAUGAUGAAAAAUGCAUGUUUUUUCCCUGCAACCUGCUCAAAAUUUAGAUGUCAGUGCUCCAAAAAGUAACAUUUUGCUGCUUCAAAAAUUGCUCCAAAUUGUAUUUUGGCUGUUCCACCACUGGGUGUCCUGUAACAGUAGUUUACUAAUACGAGAAAAAUAACUAUUUAGUGUCCCUUUAGCUGCAUAGUGUAAGUAACUGUACUGUGGAUGUAGUCUUCAUUUCCCCUUUCUCUGUUUUAUAUGUGACCCCAAUGGGGGUCACUGGGGCUGACAAGGGUGAUGUGCACCUAAAUCAAGGCCCGUCCUCUAUAUAGCAUGUUUUUGGUCGGCAGUCAAUCACUAUAACCACUGUGGUGGUGUCGCUAGUUCCCCAUUGUUGCCACUCUGCAGAGUUGCUCCUUUAGGACUGAGUGUUUUCUUAUGCUUGCGUCUGCUCAUUUCUUGUAACAUUAUGAUAGCUACAUAUGCAUCAUUGCAUUUGUUGUUGUGUAGAUCAGUAGUUUAGUCAAAUUAAGGGUGGUUGACAUAUUCACAAGAUUGCAGGUAUGCUUAUUUCUUUUGCUUCAGCUGUAGAAACCCAACCACAACUAAAAUACGAAAUAGCACCAAAAAUGAUUAUGUUAAAUUGUUCUGCAUUUUACCAAGCAUUCAAUUUGCCAACCUGUGAAAGCAAAAACUGCACUUUUAUUCUCCAAUGUUGCUUCAGUGGAAGUGAAUUCCAAUCCAAUGAGUGUGCAGUUUGCACUAUAACUGUAAAAGUGAGCGCAACACAUUUUCUUUUACCAAGAAAAUGUGAUCUCAAGCCACCUUCUAAAUUACAAUGAUAUGAGUAGAAACCUCAGAUGUGUACACCGCAUUGUCAUUGCAUGUCAAGCUGUUAAAUGAAUGGGCUGUUAAAAAGAACCUCCACAUGUCAGUGAACUGCAGGUGUAGAUGUUUGUGGAUUGUGCAGUGAAACAGUUGUUUUUAGAGGAAGUGAGAAAUGCCAUUUUCAAUUGAUUUAGCUAUUGCCAAUUUGUGCAAAUUCAUGCUGUAUACUGUCGAGUGCCUCUUGAAUUACUAAUAAACUUCAUGAUUGUGAGUAUUGACAAUUCUCAUUGUUUAAGCCCAGCUUUAGCCCUGUCUCUGGGUGUAAACAUUUUGUAUUAUAAAAAAAAGAAGAGAAAGUGUGCGCUGUUGUACAGUACAAGGUUUAAUGUGCACUGGGUUGGUCAAAUGUUCCCAGGCAGUGCUGUCAUAAGAUUACAAGCGUAGCAGCCUGGGAACGUUUGAGCACCCCUUUAUAUUUGAACACACCUUGUGUGUUCAGGGUGCAUGCAACUCUUCAAAAUUCCUCCCUUUUUUCUCUGUAUCCUUUGUACAUGUAUGUUUCCAAAUUAAAUAACAAUAAAACCAUUGAAAUAAAAAAGAACAUAUUCGAAGCC